GUCAGCAAGCGGCACUGCAGACUUUGCCGAGGGGAGGACAGAAAGAGAGAGAGAGAACUAAACCCUGAAAUCUUGCAGCGUGGCAAGUGAAAUCUUACAGAGGACUGACCUUGAUCAUUGCAUUCUCACAUACUCCCGGGGAAAUAGCGUGACAGAAGCCGAAACAUGGACACAGCCCGGUCUAUCCAACACGAGAUCACCUCUCUCAAAGAUGAAAGAGAUCGAGUGCAGAAAAAGACCUUCACAAAAUGGGUGAACAAGCAUCUGAUAAAGCACUGGAAGUCAGAGGCCCAGCGACACAUCACAGACCUGUAUGAAGAUCUCAGAGAUGGACACAACCUCAUCUCACUGCUGGAGGUGUUGUCUGGAGAGACACUGCCCAGAGAGAAGGGCCGCAUGCGCUUUCACAAACUACAGAAUGUACAGAUCGCACUGGACUUUCUCAAACACAGACAGGUGAAACUGGUGAAUAUCAGAAAUGAUGACAUUGCAGAUGGAAACCCCAAGCUGACCCUUGGGCUGAUAUGGACCAUCAUUCUUCACUUCCAGAUCUCUGACAUCCAGGUGAAUGGUCAGUCAGAUGAUAUGACCGCCAAGGAGAAGCUGCUCUUGUGGUCUCAACGCAUGGUGGAGGGCUACCAGAGCAUGCGCUGUGAUAACUUCACCACCAGCUGGAAAGAUGGCAGGCUCUUCAAUGCCAUUAUCCAUAAACAUAGGCCAAACUUGAUUGACAUGAAUAAGGUGUACAGACAGACCAACCUGGAGAAUCUGGAGCAGGCCUUCAGCAUAGCAGAAAGAGACCUGGGUGUCACUCGCCUGCUCGAUCCAGAAGAUGUGGACGUGCCACACCCAGACGAGAAGUCCAUCAUCACGUAUGUCUCCUCUAUGUAUGACGUGAUGCCCAGAGUUCCUGAUGUUCAGGAUGGCGUGAAGGCCAAUGAGUUGGAGUUGUGCUGGCAGGAGUAUUACGAGCUGGUGACCAUGUUACUCCAGUGGAUCAGACAUCACAUCAUUGUGUUUGAGGAACGAAAGUUCCCCACCAGUUAUGAGGAGAUUGAGGUUCUUUGGCGACAGUUUCUAAAGUUCAAGGAGACUGAACUACCAGCCAAGGAGACUGACAAAAAUCGCACCAAGCUCAUUUACAAGUCUUUGGAGGGUGCAGUACAGGUGGGUAAGAUUAAGGUUCCUCCUGGUUAUCACCCCAUCGAUGUGGAGAAGGAGUGGGGACGUCUGCAUGUGGCCAUUCUGGAGCGAGAGAAACUUCUGCGCUUAGAGUUUGAACGGUUGGAGCGUUUGCAGAGAAUAGUCAGUAAGGUACAGAUGGAGUCAGGUGUGUGCGAGGAGCAGCUCAAUCAGGUGGAAACACUGUUACAGACGGAUGUACGUCUGCUGGGUGCAGGAAAGCCCCUCCAGCAUGGGUCUGAGAUAGAAGCUGAUCUUAACAAGGCGGAAAACAUGAUCCGAUACCUUUUCAAUGAUGUGCAGUUACUUAAAGAUGGGCGCCACCUACAGGCAGAACAGAUGUACAGAAGGGUAUACCAUCUACAUGAGCGUCUGGUUAACCAGCGCAGUGAGUAUAAUCUCCGUCUGAAGUCUGGCGUGACAAUGUCACAAGUGCCCAUGACGCAAAUGCCCAUGACCCAGAUCUCCCUCGUCCAAACAUUGCAGCAGUCUCCCCAGCGUGUCAGACCUGAACUAGAUGAAGUCACUCUCAAAUACAUCCAGGACCUUCUGGCAUGGGUGGAGGAAAACCAGAAACGCAUCGAUGGGGCGGAAUGGGGCGAAGACCUGCUCUCUGUGGAGUCACAACUUGGUAGCCACCGUGGCCUUCAUCAGUCUAUAGAAGACUUCAAAUAUAAGAUUGAUCGUGCACGGGCUGAUGAGAAUCAGCUGACCCCUGUCAGCAAGGGGGCCUAUCGAGAAAACUUGGGCAAACUGGACCUUCAGUACGGCAAACUGCUGAACUCUUCCAAAGCACGGCUGCGCAGUCUAGAUCAGCUACAUGCUUUCGUUGUGGCCGCCACCAAAGAGCUGAUGUGGCUGAACGAGAAAGAAGAGGAGGAGGUGAACUACGACUGGAGCGAUCGAAACUCCAACAUGACUGCCAAGAAGGACAACUAUUCAGGUUUAAUGCAAGAUCUUGAACAGAGAGAGAAGAGGGUAAAUAAUGUCCAGGCAACUGGAGACAAACUGCUGAAAGAGGGUCAUCCUGCCAGUAAGACUGUGGAGGCUUUCUCUGCAGCUCUUCAGACUCAGUGGAGCUGGAUCCUUCAACUCUGUUGCUGCAUUGAGACUCAUCUCAAAGAAAACACUGCUUACUUUCAGUUCUUCUCGGAUGUUAAAGAUGCUGAAGACAGGAUGAAGAAGAGUGAAGACAUGAUGAAGAAGAAAUAUGUGUGUGAUCGCUCCAUCACAGUCACACGGCUGGAGGAUCUGCUACAGGAUGCAGAGGAAGAGAAAGAUCAGCUGAAUGAGUUUAAGACACACUUGGAGGGUCUCAAAAGGAGAGCCAAAACCAUCAUCCAUCUGAAAGAAAGGAACCCUGCUUACCCUGUCAAGGGUAAAUUACCAAUUCAGGCUGUCUGUGACUUCAAACAAAUGGAGAUAACAGUACACAGAGGAGACGAGUGUGCCCUGGUGAACAACUCCCAGCCGUACAAGUGGAAAGUGAAACACUCCAGUGGGAAUGAAGCCAUAGUACCGUCCAUCUGUUUCAUAAUCCCUCCCACCAACAAAGAGGCCGUGGACGUGAGCUCUGGUUUGGAUGCAAGUCUGCAGAGGCUGAUGGUACUGUGGCAAAGGCUGCAUGUGGAUAUGAAGAGCCUGCUGUCCUGGCAGUACCUUAUGCGACAUAUCCAGCUUAUCAACUCCUGGAACUUCAUCAUGUUCAAGUCUCUGAGAGUGGAAGAGUAUCGAGUGUCCCUGAAGAAUCUGGAGCUGCACUACCAGACCUUCAUGCGUGACAGUCAGGAUUCUGAACUCUUUGGCGCUGAUGAUCGCCUGCAAGCCGAGAACAGUUACGGCAAAGCCACUCAGCACUAUGACAACCUUCUACGCUCUGUUGAACAAGAACCUGUUUUCAGCCCAAAGGACAAUGCUGCGGGGGAACAGGAUGAGUCUGAGUGCAAGAGUUAUAUUACACAGAUAAAAGACUUGAGGCUGAGGCUGGAAGGCUGUGAGUCCCGCACAGUUAACCGUCUCAGACAGCUGGUAGACAAGGAGCCUCUCAAAGCCUGUGCACAGAGGACCACUGAACAGAAGAAAGUCCAGUCUGAGUUGGAGGGUAUAAAGAAAGACCUGGACAAGAUGGUUGAGAAGAGUGAAGCAGUGCUGGCCAUCUCUCAGCAGUCCAGUUCUGCCCCAGUCCUGCGUUCAGAGAUAGAUAUCACCCUGAAAAAGAUGGAGCAUGUCUACUCUCUAUCAUCUGUUUACCUGGACAAGCUGAAGACCAUUGACAUGGUAAUCCGCAGCACACAAGGAGCUGAGGACGUUCUCAACAAAUAUGAGAACCAGCUGCGUGAUGUACAUAAAGUCCCUGUUAAUGAGAAAGAGCUUGAAGCCAACCGAACACAGCUCCAGAAAUUAUGCUCAGAAGCAGAGGACGAGAAAGCCACCUUUGACCACCUGGAGGAAGAGCUUCAGAGAGCUAUGGCGGUGAAUGACCAGAUUUCUCGGCUGCACAGUGAACGUGAUAUAGAGCUGGAACAAUACAAACAGUUGGUGGGCAACCUGAGGGACCGCUGGCAGGCUGUGUUUUUUCAGAUUGAACUGAGACAGCGAGAACUGGACCUGCUGAGCAGGCAGAUGCAUGCCUACAGACAAAGCUAUGACUGGCUUAUUUGCUGGAUAGCAGAUGCCAAGCAGAGACAGGACAAGCUCCAUGCUGUUCCCAUUGGUGAUAGCAAGGCCCUUCAAGAUCAGCUGAGCCAAGAGAAGAAACUACUUGAAGAGAUUGAGAAGAACAAAGACAAGGUGGAUGAGUGCCAGAAAUAUGCUAAAGCUUACAUUGAUGCAAUAAAGGAUCAUGAGCUCCAGCUGGUGACAUAUAAAGCCUUAGUGGAGCCUAUUUCUUCCCCUCUGAAGAAAACCAAAAUGGAGUCUGUAUCUGAUGACAUCAUCCAAGAGUAUGUGACUCUAAGAACACGCUACAGUGAGCUAAUGACUCUGUCAAGCCAGUAUAUUAAAUUCAUCAUUGAGACACAGCGUCGUCUAGCAGACGAAGAGAUAGUUGCUGAAAGACUUAAGGAGGAAGAGAGGAAAAAACUGGCCGAGAUGCAGGCCGAGCUAGACAAGCAGAGACAGUUAGCAGAAUCUCACGCAAAGGCUAUUGCAAAAGCAGAACAAGAGGCAAAUGAGCUGAAGAUGAAGAUGAAAGAUGAAGUCGAAAAGCGACAGGACGUUGCUGUUGACGCUGAGAAACAAAAGCACAAUAUCCAGAAAGAGCUGCAGGAGCUUAAAAACCUUUCAGAGCAGGAAAUCAAGUCUAAAACACAACAGGUAGAGGAGGCCCUCCAAAGCCGCACCAGAAUUGAAGAAGAGAUCUGUAUUAUCCGGCUCCAGCUAGAGACAACAACAAAACAAAAAAUAACUGCUGAAACAGAGCUUCAGCAGCUCAGGGACAAAGCAGUAGAGGCUAACAAACUGCAAAAGGCAGCCCAGGAAGAGGCAGAGAAGCUUCGGAAGCAAGUUGCCGAAGAGACUCAGAAGAAACGCAUUGCAGAAGAGGAGCUUAAACUGAAAUCUGAGGCAGAGAAGAGGGCUGCUAAAGAGAAGCGAAAAGCCCAUGAGGAUCUUGAGAAAUUUAAGCUGCAAGCUGAGGAAGCAGAGAGGCAUAUGAAGCAGGCAGAGCUGGAAAAGCAGAGGCACAUUCAAGUGGUAGAGGAGGUGGCUAAGAAGACUGCAGCCACCGAACUUGAGACUAAACAAUUGUCAUUGACAGCAAAACUGGAAGAGUCACUCAAACAUGAGCAAGUAAUGGUCAUUCAGCUGCAAGAGGAGGCGGAACAUCUAAGAAAGCAGCAAGCAGAUGCAGAUAAGGCAAGAGAGCAGGCUGAGAAGGAACUAGAAACAUGGAGACAGAAGGCCAAUGAAGCACUCCGACUCCGACUCCAGGCAGAAGAGGAGGCCAAUAAGAAAACUGCGGCACAGGAGGAGGCAGAAAAACAGAAAGAGGAAGCCAAGCGGGAGGCAAAGAAGAGGGCAAAAGCUGAGGAGGCUGCCCUUAAACAGAAAGAGACUGCAGAAAAGGAACUUGAGAAUCAAAGGAAAAAGGCUGAAGAAACUGCUCAACAAAAGCUUGCAGCAGAACAAGAGCUUAUUCGGUUAAGAGCAGAUUUUGACCAUGCUGAUCAACAGAGAGCUGUCUUGGAUGAUGAGCUCCAACGCCUCAAAAAUGAAGUCAGUGCUGCUGUUAAACAGAAGAAGGAACUCGAAGAGGAACUGAUCAAAGUUAGGAAGGAGAUGGAAGAUCUUCUGCAGCUAAAAUCCAAAGCUGAGAAAGAGUCUAUGUCAAACACUGAAAAGAGCAAACGACUGCUAGAAUCUGAGGCAGCCAAGAUGAGAGAACUUGCUGAGGAGGCCACUAAACUGAGGUCAGUCGCAGAAGAAGCAAAGAAACACAGGCAGGUUGCAGAGGAAGAAGCAGCUCGCCAGAGAGCAGAGGCAGAAAAGGUCCUCAAAGAAAAGUUAGCAGCUAUCAAUGAAGCAACACGUCUAAAAACUGAGGCUGAGAUCGCUUUGAAAGAGAAGGAAGCUGAAAAUGAGCGUCUAAAAAGACAAGCUGAAGAGGAGGCUUACCAGAGGAAAGCCCUUGAAGAUCAAGCAGCACAGCAUAAACAAGCAAUCGAAGAAAAGAUUGAUCAGUUAAAGAAGUCCUCAGACACUGAACUAGACAGGCAAAAGAAAAUCGUUGAAGAAACCUUGAAGCAGAGGAAAGUGGUAGAGGAGGAGAUCCACAUUCUUAAACUCAACUUUGAAAAGGCUUCGACUGGCAAACAGGACCUCGAACUAGAGCUCAACAAACUGAAGAGCAUUGCAGACAAGACAGAGAAGAGCAAAGUAAAGGCAGAGGGAGUGGCAGAGAAAUUCAGAAAACUUGCUGUGGAGGAAGAGAAAAAAAGGAAAGAAGCAGAAGAGAAAGUGAAAAAAAUCCAAGCUGCAGAAGAAGAGGCAGCAAGACAGCACAAAGCUGCUCAAGAAGAGGUGGAGCGUCUCAUAAAGAAAGCAGAAGAGGCCAAGAAGCAGAAAGAGAAUGCUGAGAAGGAAGCAGAGAAACAGGUUCUUGUAGCUAAAGAGGCCGCACAGAAGUGCUCUGCUGCUGAGCAGAAAGCCCAAGAUGUUCUUCUCCAACAAAAUAAAGAUAAGGGAAAGCCACCCCAGCAGCUCCCCGUCUCGGUCCUUAUACCUACGGGUAUGAGGCUGAGUCAGUUAGCACUUGGGGCGAUUUGGGAAGCUCAGUGGGAGCUUCUCCACCGGGAAACCCUCACAGAUCACCCAUUCCCCAACACACUCGUAUCCUCGGUCGAGUGCUGGGAUAAGACCACGCGCCCAUGUCAGGGCAUGUUUGCGGUCUUGUUCGGGGCUCGUUUUUGA